CGGUCAAACGCGUCACAACAACAACAACAGCCCCCCCCGCACUAUUCAGGACAAGCCCAAGGUCAUUAUUAUGGUGGCCGUGCUUUGCCUGCUGGUGGUGGCUCUUCUGGGGUUGAUGGGUUUGCCGCUCAGGACACCCGAGGCGGUGGUGGUGGGCCCAGAGAGCGGCGCAGUGGCCAGACUGGAGGUCACAGUCGUGGGGAUACACGAGGCGAAGGAUUGGCUGAGAAUGAGUCAGUCCAAGCUCCACACCAAACCAAGUCCGGACACUCUAACAGCAGCGAGUUUUCUGAGCACGCUAACUGGUCCUCGGCUGGUUCUGCACCCGCACCUGCGCAUCCUGGAAGUCAUGGCCAGGGCCGAGGUCGAGGGGGCGGGGGGGGUUCUUAUAGGGGUGGAUCUCGAUUUGGCCAGCCAAGUGGGGCUGUAAGUAGUGGUAACAAUGAAGCAGUUCGGCCGCAGCAUCAAGCCAAUGGUGUCGCAUCUGUUCAUCAGUGA